AUGUACUCCUCCACCGCCUCCUCCUCAGCAACUCCAAUGGCAGGCCACGACCCAAUACUAGACCACGAAAUCCGGCUCUACACCAACAACAAAGAGCGCGAAAAAUACGACAACAUGGCCGACUUGUACGGCAUCAUUGUCGCUACCGAACACCUCGAGAGGGCGUACAUUAGGGAUGCGAUAUCUGCUCAGGAAUACACACCAGCAUGCCUGAAACUGAUAGCCCAGUACAAGACGGCGCUGAAUCUGGUGGGGGACUGGGUACCCGAUGUCAAUGCGUUCAUCAAGGAGUACCAGUUAUCAUGUCCAGCAGCAACCCGACGCCUCCUCGAAAUCGGCGUCCCCGCCACCAUCGAGCACGCCACGACCGACACCACCGGGUCAGCCGGAUCCGCCAAAUUCGUCGCUGAGACCGUUCAGUCAUUUAUAACCCUAAUGGACUCCCUGAAACUCAACUACGUCGCCGUCGACCAGAUCCACCCACAGCUGUCUGACCUGAUCCAGAGCUUGAAUAAGGUACCCUCGUUGCCGAAAGAUUAUGAGGGGAAGGGGAAGAUUAGGGAUUGGUUGAUUACGUUGAAUAAGAUGAAGGCGUCAGAGGAGAUUGAUGCGGAUCAGGUCCGGCAGUUGCUUUUUGAUUUGGAGAGCGCAUUGACGGAGUUUCAUCGGUCGCUGUCUAAAUGA